AUGAGCGUCUCUUCGAAUUAAUAAGUAUAUGAAGAACUUAUGGAUAAAAUCAAAAACAAUUCAGAGGUAAGAGAGAAAUUUGACAGCAGAACUUAAAGUGGAUUAUUAGAUAAAGACUAUGCUCACGAAGUCUUGAUAGAUUGGAGUGAUUUACUAAAUUAUGAUCUGAGUGAUGCUAUAACUUAUUUUGAUCUCGAUAAUCCUGACAUUCCCCCGGAAGAGAUCAGGUAGCACUUAGAUUUUGACAGUUUCAUUAAUCUGGUCAACAAAUGGUUAUAGAAGCAAUUAUUGCAAACAUCACCCAAGUAGAAACAAAGUACAAACUAAGACCAAUACUGGUUUAAGAGUGAACCAGGAACACUCAAUACAGAACAGAGUGAUUUAAAGCAUUAGGAGUAAUUAAUAAAAGCAAUUUUUGAGACACAAGAAGCCAAGACAAAAAAGGUAUUUAACGAAUACGCAAUGAUGGGUGAUCAGAACGAUACAAUUAGUAAAUAAGAUUUCCCUCUAUUGCUUAAAAAUUUGUUAUAUCAACAUAAUGCAUCAAUUUACGAGAAAAGUGGCUAAGAAGAUUACUUCAUGAGAAGUAAUUCAUAUGGAAAUUUGAAUAAUUUUUUAAGGGAUGACCAAAUCAAUUAUCAAUAAUUCAAGGAGGCAGCAAUUCAGUUCAUAAAAGGAAAUCAAGAUUUAAUUCUUUUGGAUCACGAAUAAAUUAGUAAAAAAAAAGAAAAGCAGCCACCUUAACAUCCCCCAAAUUUGGAAGAAGAACUUUUACAAUAAAUAGAAAAGUAUUAACAGAUUUUAUAAACAACUGAACCUGAAAUUGAGAAGUAGGUUCUCAGAAACAUGAUUACAACUUUGGUCCGUUAGCUGGAUUUAAUAAGAGACAACACUAUGAAGUUUGAUGAAACCUAAAUAAAUUCCACCAUCAAACCUAAAGCUAAUUUAUAGGUCUCAUUCUCAGGAAUAGUUCGGCCUGAGAAAAGAGCAAAAACAAAAGAAGAGAUUGAAAUUGGAAAAAGAGACAACCAAAUACUUGAAAUAUUUCUCUUUUUUGCCAAAUAAUAAUAUGUCAAUGGAGUUGCAUAUGAAUUUGAUAGAUACACUAAGGAAGCCUAAAGUUUAAGUUUGGGUAUGUUCUUAUACUUUUGUAAAUGUUUUGAUUUGAUUGAAACUCAUGUAAGAAAGCCUAACGAAGAAAAUUUAUUAGAGAGAAAAAAAAGAGGUGAAGAAGUCAACAUUACUCGAUUGAAUCAAACAAUAGUCAAUAAAAGUUUGUUGGAAGAGGAGAAAUAAGUAGAAUAAGCUUCAACGAUAAUGUCUCCAAAAUAAAAACCUCCUACUGUUCCAGUGGAUAUUCAAAAAGUUGAAAACUUGCCUCGAAGGAAUAAAUAUUCUCAUGUCCCUUCAAAAUUUGAGUGGUGGAAUGAUGAGUUAAAGUUUGAUAAAUACUACAAUCCAAAUCAAAACCCUUUACCUCAACAAAUCUUAGAUGACAUGAAAUAUUUAACCAAAGAGGAAAUCAAGAGUUUGUUCAAAAGAAGUGCCUUCGGUAAAGAUCUCGAUUUUGAUGAAUUCAAAUGUUUGUUAGGUUUUAUGGCCAAUCUCAUGUUCAAAUAAAAUGGGGAAAGACACCCCCAUGCCUAUUAAUUGAUAUUAAGAUUGAUGUACAUAGAUUAUCCAGAAGAAUAUAGAAAAAGAUUAAUUCCCAUCAAAAUUCCAUUUAAUUGCAAAGAGAAAAUAGGUUUCAGAUAACUUCCAGGUUAUGAACACCAUGAAUAUAAAGGAAGAUAAUUAUCAUAGCAAGAAAAACAGCAACUCUAAAAAUUAAAACAAGAAAGAGAAAAUUAAUUAAGAGAGAGACUUACUGAAAAUCCUAAUUAAAGCAUUCGAUCUAUAGGAUCGAUAGGAUCUCAAUCCAUUGCUAAUUUACCAUAUAACAAACAAUAAGGCAGAUUCUUAAAUGGAAGAAUAGACUUGGAUAGGGAAAAGGUUUCAUGGGCGAAACUUGAAAAUUUAAAUCCCAAUGACUUAAGUGGUCAUGGCAGAAAUUUCAAGCCCUAAGAUUUGAUAGAUGAAUUCGAAGAUGAAGAAGAUAGAUUCUUCUUAAAAGAGUUCUCUCUGGAAGAAGAAAAAAGAAAUCAAUAAAAACCUGAAGAAGUUUAAAAAAAUCUAGAGAAGUAUGGUGCUUAUAAGCCUCCCAAGAGACCUACUUAAAAACACUAAAUGAGUCAACCUUAACUCUUAAAUUAGAGAUACGAAUAAAAGAGUCUAGACAUGAAAAAUUAGUACUUGUAAAGAGCUAAUCAAAUUUAGUAAUUACAAAAUAAAAAAGAGUAAUAACUACUCUAAAAAAUUAACAAAAAAUAUAAAAUUUGA